AUGUCGACACCAGCGGACGAAAGGCCGGAGCCUACAUACCAUAUGCCCUCAUAUCACCUACCCUCAUACAAUGUCAACCCCCACACUGGCCACCCUCACACAGGCGAACGAUCUUCGGAUGAAGAAGGAACUGUUGUUGGCGACCACCGAGAUCACAGCAACCACAGCGAGCACCGGGAUGUACACAGCGACCACCGAUAUCACGACGAGGAACAUGAAGCACCACCAAUCGACCCUCGUGUGCACCGCAUGGGCAGCCACCUCACAGUCGAUACGGCCAACGACCCUCACUACCAUCCUCGCCUGCACGACAUGACAUCGCCUUCUCAGUCCCGAGAGAUGGCCAACCGACUUGAUGAUGACCUGGCGUUGCUCAAGAUCGAAAGACAAAUAUCACACGACGCCGAAACCAACAGAGAUGGAGCUUCAAACAUGGGUCGUCAGCGUUCUAGAAGAGACGACAUGAUAGACGAGUUCGAUGUUGCGACCAACCCGAUUCACGAGCAAACGGCACUAUACAAGCCUCCGCAGGAUCCGGUCGGCAAGUUCUCCAAGUUGAUCAAGAGAAUUCACCAUUCGAGUUUCUUGGUCCGCUAUCUCACAUACAUCCUACCCGUGGUCUUGAUCCUUCUCAUCCCGCUGUUGAUCGGCGCGUUUGUUAGUCCUGCAACAAGUGCUGUGGUUGGAGGUGUCGAACUCAUGUGGUUUAUGAUUUGGCUGGAGAUUGUUUGGCUCACACUUUGGGCUGGCAGACUUCUCGCCAAGUGUCUUCCCUACCCGAUCGGUCUUGUUUCCACCAUCUUCACAAACAACAGCAAAAAAUGGCGUGAUAUGGGCAAGCAACUCGAACUCCCUGCAACGCUGUUCUUCUGGUGGCUUGGCGUUGAGGUCUCUUUCCUACCGACCAUGAAGAACCACCAAGCCAGUGGUACCAAAACAACACAAAAAUGGAUGGGAACCAUGAACAAGGUCCUCGUAGCUCUCUUUGUCGGCAUGAUUCUCAACUUUGUCGAGAAGAUCAUCAUUCAACUCAUCGCCAUCAGUUUCCACUUGCGCACCUACGCCGAUCGUAUCGAACUGAACAAAUUCCAAAUUGGUAGCUUGGUCAAGCUUUACACUUUCUCCAAAGCAAAGAUUGCCAUGGAGGAUUCUGAAUUUGAACAACCUUCUGGCGUGGAUUCUGGUGCUCGCACUCCUGGUCGUUACCUUCAGGAAGCCCAGAAACAGACAAAGGAAAUCUUCAACAAGGUCGGUGAUGUUGCUGGCAAGAUGGCAGGCGAUUUCACUGGAAAGUCUGUUGCAAGGAGCACUCACCCUCAUCAAGUUGUACUGACACUCUUGGGCUCCACCAAUGGUAGUCAAGUCCUUGCACGCCGUCUUUAUCGUACUUUUGCAAGACCUGAGACCGAAACUGUCUACAACGAUGAUCUGAAGAAUGCCUUUGAUAACGAUGAAGAAGCUGAAGCUGCUUUCUCCAUGUUCGAUAAGGACAUGAACGGUGACAUUUCCAUGGAAGAAUUGGAAGCUGUUUGUGUUGAGAUCGGUCGUGAGCGCAAGUCUAUCACUGCCUCCCUGAAGGAUCUGGACUCAGUUGUCGGCAAGCUCGAUGACAUGUUCAUGUUCCUUGUUGCCGUUAUUACCAUCCUUGUCUUCAUCUCGUUGAUCUCGACUUCCGCUGCUGGUGUUCUUACUUCGGCUGGUUCAACUGUCCUCGGUCUUUCCUGGCUCUUCUCGGCAACCGCAACUGAAAUCUUGCAGUCCAUCAUUUUCGUUUUCGUGAAGCAUCCCUUCGAUGUCGGCGAUCGUGUUACCAUCUACGGAAACACUGGCGCCACUCUGACUGGUGAUGACUACUUCGUCAAGGAGAUUGCAUUACUCUACACUGAGUUCAAGAAGAUGGAGGGACACGUGGUGCAGGCACCCAACAGUUACCUCAACACUCUUUUCAUUCUCAACCAGCGUCGUUCCGGUGGUCUCGCCGAAGCCGUGCCAGUCGUCAUCAAAUUCGGCACCACUCUGGAACAGAUCGAGACUCUGCGCAACCGUCUACUCGACUUUGUCAAGCAAGAAAACCGCGAAUACCAGGGCAACAUCCUAACCGAACUGCGGUCCGUCACUGAAGUACACUCUCUCACUCUCAACGUUGUCUUUUUCUACAAGUCCAACUGGCAAAACGAAGGUCUUCGUCUUGCACGAAGAAACAAGUUCAUCUGCGCCCUUAUGGUUACCAUGCAAGAAUGCGGUAUCGAGGGUCCUCGCAUGCGCUUCCCCGGUCAGAAGGAGUCUUUCCCUGUGUAUAUGCAAAAUAUUCCUCACCAGGCUACUCCUGGUAUGGGUCGCAAUGGUCACCCCGACAACCCAACUGGCUGGUCGGAAGGUGAACACCAUGAUCCACCAUUCGUUACUCCCUCCGAAGGCCCCAUCGGUGGCCGGGCACGUACUGGCUCUAUUCUCCGCCAGGGCUCUCUUGCUCGUCCUCGCCACGAGACUCUCGCACAGAUGGGCAAGCGUGUCGACUUUUCGCUGGGCAUGAGUGCAGAAGCAGCAAACAACUACUCAGGUGACGUAUUCGAAGACGACGAGCGCAGACCACGCCUUCCCAUCAGCGUCACCUCGCCAUCGCCAGACAACCGCAACAGAAAAUCAAACGACACCCACAGAUCUACCGAUACUGGCCGCUCCACCUCUCGAGAUGUCGGCCCUGGCCGUCUCGCACGCAGAUCCACGGAUACCUCCACGACUUCGCGUCCUCACCACCGCAACCGUUUCUUUGGCCGUGCCCGUGGCAACACCAUUGAUGAUCAAGCCAUGAUGGAGAAAGGAAUGGCGGACAUUCCUGAGGAUUCUCCUGGCGGUGCAAACAGUGCUGCCAUAGACCCACGCACUGGUCUGGUGUCGGGAGCUGCAUGGCGAACACGGACCAACGAAUCGAAUGUUGUUCGUAAGAGUCAGGAGAGGCCUAGGACAAGUCAUACUGCCGAUACUGCCGGACAUUCCAUCGGACUUGAUGGGCCACCACAGUUGCAUCCUGGAGAUCCUUCUGUCGAGGACUUUGAGAUGAAGAGGUUCAAUUAA